AUGAAUAAUGCACGAGCUUCCCACACAGCAUCCGUAUUAACAAAUGGAAAAGUGUUAGUUACAGGUGGAUAUGAUAAUGCUGGUAAUACAAAUAGCUCUGAAUUGUAUGAUCCAUCAACGGAAACUUGGACAAACACUGGUAGCAUAAAUGAUGCACGAGCUUACCACACAGCAUCCGUAUUAACAAAUGGAAAAGUGUUAGUUACAGGUGGAUAUGAUAAUGUUAUUUAUACAGCUAGUGCAGAACUAUAUUGA